CAGACUCCACCCCAGCCCAUGUGACUCCAGGAGGUGCCUCCUCGGGGAGGAGGCUCAGGCCUGGGAAGAUAAGCAGAGCAGACAGCAGAGCUGCCAGGCUUGACAGCAGCCUGAGAGACAAACCUCUCCAGAGGAAGGGCUAACAGGCAGCAGAGACUAUGGAGCUCACCUCAGCCCCUCUCCACAAAGGGCAGGUCCCCUGGAGGGGUCUCCUGCUGGCAGCCUCACUUCUAACCUACUGGAACUCUCCUGUCAGUGGCCAAGUCACGGUUGAAGCAGUUCCUCAAACGUUCUUCUACAGGUCCACAAUCUGCCAGCGACUCUCAAAGCCUCUUCCCCUGGCACAAGAGGAAGGAUUUGGUUGUGAAGCCCUUGCAAGAGUCAGAGGUACCAGACAGGGCAAUCUUCUCUCUGUUGUCUGCACAGCACCGCUACCCAAGCCCAACAUCACAAGCAACAAUUCUAAUCCCAUGGAGGGUGAGGACUUGGUAGCUUUAAUAUGUGAGCCUGAGAUUCAGAAUACAGUCUACCUGUGGAGGAUAAAUGGCCAAAGCCUCUCAGAAGGUGACAGGCUGAAGCUGUCCAUCGACAACAGAACUCUCACUUUACUCACUGUUGUGAGGACUGGCACUGGACCCUAUGAGUGUGAAACCCGGAAUCUAGUGAGCACCUCCCGAAGUGACCCAUUGACUCUGAACAUUACCUAUGGUCCAGAUGUCCCCAUCAUAUCCCCCUCAGAUACUCAUUUCCAGUCAAGGACAAACCUCAGCCUCUCCUGUCACGCAGCCUCUAACCCACCCGCACAGUACUCCUGGUCUGUCAAUGGAGAGCUCCAGGCAUCCUCCCAAGAGCUCUUUAUCCCCAACAUCACUACUAAUAAUAGCAGAUCCUAUACCUGCCUCGUCCAUAACUCUGUCACUGGCCUCAAUAGGACCACAGUCAAGAACAUUACUGUCCUUGAGCCUGUGACCUCGCCCUCCACCCAAGUCACCAACACCACAUUCAAAGAACUGGAAUCUGUGUCCCUGACGUGCGACUCAAACGAAAUUGGGAUCUUCAUCCAUUGGCUCUUCAAUGGCAAGGAUCUGAAGCUCACGUACAGGAUGAAGCUGUCUGAGAACAACACCCUCUGCAUAGACCAUUUCAGGAUGGAAUAUUCGGGGGAGUAUGAAUGUGAGGUCUCCAAUCCAGUCAGUUCCAAGAGGAGUGAUCCAAUCCAGCUUGACAUAAUCCCCUAUUACUCUGUAGUGUUGGGAUGAGAUGAUUUCUUUAUCAACAGUGUACAA